GCCCGUCUCUCAGAGCUCACUGACAGCCCGAUCUAUAUCACUCCUCAGUGCGGGAAUCCCGACAUCAUCAUCAUUGCUCAGCUCUUCCCUCCGAUCAGUCACAUGAGCAUCACGUCCAUGAGUCUGGACAGCCGAUGUGUGUCCCCCUAUGCCGCCUGGUGUAUGGAGCCCACCAACUUCUACGAGCAGCGGCUGGGCGCCUCCCCGACCCACUGCAAGCCCCGGGCCAUGUGUGAGGACACCGAGCCCCCGGCUGGAGGCAGCGGCACCCUGGCCGAGCUGAGCGCAGCCCCGGCCAUCUACGAUGAUGAGAGCGCCAUAGACUUCAGUUCGUACAUCGACUCCAUGGCCUCCGUCCCCAACCUGGAGCUGUGCAACGACGAGCUCUUCGCCGACCUCUUCAACAGCAAGAACGGCGAGCGGGCGGAGAGCGGAGCGGACUACCUGAGCGGCCUCCUGUCCUCUGCACCUCAGCACUACAAAUCCCUCAAACAGGAACCUGACUGGAGCGACAGCGACCUCUCCUCAUCCCUACCCUGCCAGAUCGCCACCUGUGCCCAGACCACUAUGAGCCUACUACAACCCACCCCGCCCACCUCACCUGAACCCUGCUCUAAUGCCAGCUCUGCCUGCCCGUCCCCAGCCUCCUCCACCUCCGCUAACAAUACCUCCAACCAGCGCUCCUCCAAGAAGAACCUGGACCGCUUCAGUCCGGAGUACCGCCAGAGGAGGGAGCGCAACAACAUCGCUGUGAGGAAGAGCCGGGACAAGGCCAAGAAACGUAACGUAGACAUGCAACAGAAACUGCUGGAACUUUCCUCAGAGAACGAGAAACUCCAUAAGAGGAUCGACAUGCUCACCCGGGACUUGACCAGCCUCAGGCACUUCUUCAAACAGCUUCCCCCCGCCGCCACCAGCGGCUCCUUCCUCUCCAGCCUCGGUGACUGCCGGUAACCGGUACCUGUGUGUGUGACAGCAGGACUAUAGCGAAUACCUCAUCCCUGAGGGAGACCUCCCAAUCAGGCAGCACCUACCUGGACUGUGUGCCCUCUAACUCGGUGUCAUCAGGCAGCACCUACCUGGACUGUGUACAUCCCACCAUACAGCACCUGCCUGCUCUGUGCCAUCAGGGAGCACCUAUCUGGACUGUGCUGUCCCACCUAUCAUACAGCACAUAUCUGGUCUGUGUGCCCUCCCAAUCAGUGUCAUCAGGUAGCACCUACCUGGACUGUGCUACCCUAAUCUGUCAUCAGGUAGCACCUACCUGGACUGUGCUACCCCAAUCAGUGUCAUCAGGUAGCAUCUACCUGAACUGUGCGCUACUCCCCCCCCCCCCCCUCCACAUUGAGCCACAAUCUCAGCCUUGUCCAGCAUCAUAAGCCUAGUGCAAUAAUAAGACUUCUAUAGCAAAGAGACAUUGGGGGGACCCCCAGCAACAUUGUGCCAAAGACUUGGGUCACCGCCCACUAUUAAAGGGACAGUGCACCUGACACCCUCAUAUUCAUGACCUGAUGGGUGUGAAGCUGCUGCAUAUGUUUUUUUUUUAUAUAUAUAAUAUAUAGAGUACCAGGGCUACAGCCUCACAUUUCAUGCAAACAAAGCGGGAGGUACGGACUGAAUGCUAAUUCUGUAAACACUUUAGAGCUAAGUUUUUGAUGUAAGCGUUUUAUGACUACAACCAUGAAAAUGUUCUGCUAACCAUUGUCCGAUAUCUACCCGCCAUUUAAGUGCCUGUUUGCUUUUCUAGUGCCUAGUUUUUACUUGUUCUCUUUUUGUAAGCAAGAUGUUGGUUCUUUUUUUUUUUCUUGUCUCAUGUGUUGUCCUGCUAGUGCCCCAGUGGAGCCAUUCACACCAGCAGAAGCAUUUGAUAUGUUCUGUUAGUGCCUUGCACAAGCGGCCUCUGUAAGCUGAACGUACUGUAUGUGGGGUGGGGGAAGGGGGCACAUUUUGGGCAGUGCCAAACAGAAAUUGUGCUGGUCUUCAGUUUCCUUAUUGUUGAAUGUGUAGCCAGAUAAAUAGUGCUACCCCCCUGGAAUUAUAAAUAUAUAUAUUUUUUCUUCUCCACAAAACUAUAAGACAAAGCUAAAACAUUUCCCCUUUCCUUAAAUUAUUUUUGUAAUUUUUAGUUUUCUAUAUUCUGUAUGGAUGCAGCUAUGGUACAUUUGUAAAAUGAUUACAGAGAAAAAAUACUUUGUAUUGUAGAUAUUAGGGAAAGAAAAUGAGCAUGCUCAAGUUUUUAUAUGAUUUUUACAGCAUUUUUAAUAAUAAUAAAAUGAAAAAAAAAUACAA